AUGAGCAAAGACCUGGUGAACGGGUCCAUCCUGCACUGCCUGGAAACGGCGAGUCUAGGCAUGCCCCUGGAGGUGUGGAAGACGAGGAUGUGCGUGUACAGGAACGAAAACACCAUCAGAUCAUUCGCCAGCAUUUAUAGCAAGGGAGUCGGGCAGUUCUACGCUGGCUUCUACGCGAAGCUAGUGGAGAGCUCCUCCAAGGGAGCCGUCCUCUUACUAUCCAAAGAGCACAUGAUUAACCUCUGCAACAAUUUGAAUUUUAAUAAAACGACAAGUGGCUUUAUCGGUGGAGCUACCGGAGGCAUCUGCCAGUCCUUCGUGAUGACCCCAUGUACCUUUUUCAUAACCGCCAGCAUAGACAGAAAAAUUAAUUAUAAGAAAAAGCUUGUAGACAUUUUUAGGAACAAAGGAUUCACAACCCUGUAUAAGGGGAACAGUGCCAUGUGCUUGCGCCAGGGGACCAACUGGGCCAGCCGCCAGGGCUUAACUGAGUGGGUCCGCCACUUGUUCAUCGAGCGGAAGAGGAAGGUGGGGGGGGGAGCGGGUGUGGAAGUAGGCGUAAAAAAUGAAGUUACAGACAAGCGAGGCCACGUUUUUCAGCCCACCCCCGCGAAGGACACCCACCCGUUAGACAAACGGGGAGGUGCUGCCCACGACUUAUCCCCCUCGGAGGAGCUCCUUUGUGGUGUCCUUGGAGGAGCCUUAUCUGUCUGGAACAACCCCUUCGACGUGAUUCGAGUGUACAUGCAGAAUAGUGCAAAUAAAAACAUCAAGCUGACGUUCUUUCAGUCGUUUGUUAGCCUUUACAGGGAGGGGGGGAUUCUGUACCUCUACAAGGGGGUCAUCCCCCGGUGCUUCCUGUGCAUCUGGCAGACCCUGUUUAUGGUUACGGGGGUUAAAAUUCUGAACAAGUACUCUUAGUAGUGAGGCGGUGAGAAGCGGUGCGAAGCGGUGAGAAGCGGCGCGAAGCGGCAAUCCAUCUGGGAAGAGGCAGUUCAUCUGUUAAGCGGCAAGCCAUCUGCGAAGCGGCAUGUGGCCACCACCACACGUGAGUUUGCACCCUUCCCAUCGCACCCCUUGGGGUGAACCCAUUUAUCCCCCGUCCAGAUGCCCAAUUAAUUCGUGCCACUGCUGGUCAGGUGUUCCCCAACCGGUUAGUCAGCUACGCAUGCGGGAAGAAGAACAAGACGUGGGUCCUCCUUUGAAGACUCUUAUGUAGCCCCCCC